AACAGAAAACACGCGGGGGAGCGGGGGCGAGAGUGAGAGGGCAAGGGGGUUCACUCAGGAAGAAUGGCUACAGAGGAAGAGAGCGCGGUAAAGGAGCCAUUGGAUCUCAUCAGGCUCAGCCUGGACGAGCGUAUCUACGUCAAGCUUCGUUCUGACAGAGAGCUUCGCGGCAAGCUUCAUGCUUAUGAUCAGCAUCUAAAUAUGAUUCUCGGUGAUGUCGAAGAAGUUGUUACUACUGUUGAAAUUGAUGAUGAGACAUAUGAAGAGAUUGUCAGGACGACCAAGCGAACGGUUCCUUUCCUGUUUGUUAGGGGAGAUGGGGUGAUAUUGGUUUCCCCACCACUGAGGACUGCAUGAUGGGGGACUGAUGAGCUUUAAUCAUUCUAAGCAUUUGACACUGCUAUGUAACUUGUUAAACAAGCCUUGCUGCUUAUAAUGAGAUUAGUUGCGGUACUGGUUUGUUACUGAUUUCUAUUAAACAUGAGAAUCAUGAAAUAUACAUGAACAAGCUUCUUUGGCGA